UAUUACAGAUAUUUUCACACUGUAUCAUUCACACAAAACGCCGAACGGAGUUUUUAAAUAAUUUUUCCAACCAAAUUAUUUAUUUAAAUAAAUAAAUAAAUUUGUAUUUAUUUUUCAAACAAAAGACCAAAAAAAAACUAAAAAAAAUGGCGAGUGCUGCGAUGCCAAUUAAUCCCAAACCAUUCCUGAAUGGUUUGACAGGAAAGCCAGUGAUGGUUAAAUUGAAGUGGGGCCAUGAAUACAAAGGAUACUUGGUCUCCGUCGAUGGGUACAUGAACUUGCAGCUGGCCAACACUGAGGAACAUGUAGACGGAGUUUGCACCGGAAACUUGGGCGAAGUACUCAUCAGAUGUAAUAAUGUCAUGUACAUAAGAGGCGUUGAUGAAGAAGACGAAGAAGGAGAGAUGAAAGAUUAAUGUAGUUUUAGACUAAAAAUAAAAUUUUUUAUAAAUUAA